AUGGAGGGGCUGGAAGUACCUAAGCACGUGGCAGCUGGUCACGCUAUUGUGGAUCGGGACUGUCCACAUCGGACUACGGGCUCACUCAAUGUUGGUCGUACCGUAUUAUUGUGGCCCUUCUUCCUCUUUCAAUGGUGUUACGUCUCCAUUGCUUUCCUUAUUCACUUAACAAUAGCAAGUGGUUGGAAUCCUGCAGACUCCUCGGCGGAGGUUGCUUCGGGUCUCUUUGUUGGAGACAUCAUGGCUUCGGCAUUCGAUAACUCAUGGGAUGCAGUGUUGGACAUUACCAACGAAUUGCCACGGCUCUCGUCGUCUCAGAACUACCACUGUAUACCAACAUGGGACGGGACAGCACCAACAGUUCAGCAAUUAGAUGAAGCUUGUGACUACAUCGGGUCUCUCGUCAAGAAGAAGAAUGAGAAUGCGCAUAUCCUCAUUCACUGUGCUCAUGGGAAAGGUCGCAGCGUUACAGUCACGACUGCAGUUCUUGUUGGUCUUGGCAUUGAGCCCGAUUGGCGCUCUGCUUACUCCAGAGUACGAGCUCAUCGUAGACAGGCUCAUCUCAAUCGAGUGAUGCAGCAGAGACUUGAAGAUUGGGAAACUGCUCGCCGACGAAAAAUGUGA